GUCAACCCUGUCAACCCGAAGCCUUUCCUGCAGGACCUCACGGGCAAGCCUGUGUAUGUUAGACUGAAGUGGGGACUUGAAUACAAGGGUUUCCUCGUCAGUACCGAUGGGUAUAUGAAUCUCCAGCUUGCGAACACGGAGGAGUUCCAAGAUGGAAAAUCGAAUGGCGCGCUGGGCGAAGUGUUCAUCCGGUGUAACAACGUCCUUUAUAUUAGGGAAGCACCUCCAGAAUGAUUAUGACUCCGAGAAUCCAAAACUUGCGCACGCGCCUCUGUUCAUUAUCGUGGGCCAAAAUAUGCAAUGCUCUCACAAACGGAUCGAUGGCUUUUACGAAUCAUUCGCAAUGUCAAUCUUGUGCUUCCUAAUCUAUCACCCGAUGCAAUACCACCAUUACUGAGCAAGCACAAGUCUUGAGAAGUGCAUCGCACACCAUAUCUGCCACCCCGCUCGAAGGCUAUUUCGGGAUUUCACCAAAAGAGCAGCUAGCGCAGGCUUCUUGGGCGUGCUUGUUGGUUACGGACAAGAGAAGGGUCGAUACCUUCCAUAUGAGUUUUUACACUUUCAGUUCAUGUUGGUCAUACCUUUGUUGCGCGAAA